CCCCAGCAUCCUUGCCAUUAUGUGCUACUCCAAAACACUUGACCUUUUGCCCUCGUGAAGUCCAGUGUGGUAGGAAUUUGACAUGCCUUGUGGAGUUUUCCUAAACCUCGACAUUAUGACUUUGCAGAGUUCCCAAGGCAUAGGCACAGUCUCUUGAAUUUACCUCUUGGUAGCCUCCUGACCUUGGUCAUGUGGCAGAAAGGAAUGGGAAGUUUAUGUAAAAACAAAACAAGCUGGAAUUCAUGAGAAAUUUAGUUUGAGGCCUGACAGAUCUUUGGUGGAAACCAAAUUGGAAGACACUGAUUAAAAAUCAUCUUCAGAAGAGUUCAGAAGCCAAGAAGGGAAAGAAAAUUGAGAAGCAGAAAUUAACAGCAGGAAAUAGGAGGAAUUCCGACUCCUCUCCCCCAUUUCUUUGAGCCUAAGCUGCCCUCUGUGGAACCCUAGGCUUUGAAGUUCAAGUCUUCCCUGAACCUACCUCCAGUGGGAGCCCGCCCCCAGCGGCAGAAUGGAGGGAUCAUAACCUCUCUAGAGCAGCUUCAUGAAAAAAUCAACGGGAUGAGGAACGUGUUCAACUCGCUGGAGAACAAGUUGCAGGCAUUAGCCUCUGAACUGAAAACUGGAUUCACAGAAGCAAUGCAGGAACUGUCAAGAAUCCAACAUGGAGAAUAUGCUUUGGAAGAAAAGGUUAAGAGCUGUAGGUGUUCCAUGGAAGAAAAAGUUACUGAGAUGAAGAAUUCAUUAAACUAUUUCAAGGAAGAGCUGAGCAAUGCCAUGUCAAUGAUCCAGGCUAUCACUUCCAAACAAGAAGAAAUGCAACAGAAAAUUGAACAGCUUCAACAGGAGAAGAGAAGAGAAUCUCGAAAAGUUAAAGCCAAAAAAACUCAAAAAGAAGAACAUGGCACACAGGCUGGGCCUGCUCAACAAGCCCAAGGAAGCCCUUUCCGCUCCAUUAACAUCCCUGAACCUGUUCUGCCAAGUGAAGAAUUCACAAAUAUUUUGCCAUCUCAGGCCUAUGAGAAAGCCCAAGAGUCCAGAUCUGUUCAUGUAGGAGAGAGUAAUGUGAAGGGAAUGAUGGGUCCUGGAGUGAACCCAACAACUCCAGAAGCAGAUGAAAACCUCAAGUCUUGUCUCUCAGCUGAUAUCCAGCCUAAAGGCCACCUCUCAUCUGGUGUAUGGAGGCAGCCAAAGGAUGGCAAAGAAUGGGGCGAAGAAUAUGUCACAAAAGACCACCCAGAUAAACUCAAGGAAGCUGGCCAGGGUAGACACAGCUCCCUGGAGAAUGUUUUAUGUGAAACCUCUUUAGCUGCCAAAAGACAAACUGUGGCUCUAGAACUGCUUGAAUCUGAAAGAAAAUAUGUUAUUAACAUCUCUCUGAUCCUGAAGAUAAAGGCAACAUUCCAGGGGUCAGAUGGAAAGAGGAAUUCCAAAGAGAGAAGCCUCUUCCCUGGGUCUUUACGGUACAUUGUCCAGCAGCACCUGGAUUUGCUUCAUGCACUGCAGGAAAGGGUCCUGAAAUGGCCACGCCAAGGAGUUCUUGGAGAUUUAUUCCUUAAACUAACAAAUGAUGAGAAUAACUUCUUGGAUUAUUAUGUUGCCUAUUUGAGGGAUUUGCCAGAAUGCAUCUCAUUGGUUCAUGUUGUUGUUCUGAAGGAGGGUGAUGAAGAGAUUAAAUCUGACAUCUAUACACUGUUUUUUCACAUAGUCCAGCGGAUCCCUGAAUAUUUGAUACAUCUGCAGAAUGUCCUGAAGUUCACAGAGCAAGAACAUCCUGACUAUUACCUACUACUGGUGUGCGUUCAGCGUCUCCGAGUAUUUAUCUCACACUAUACCCUGCUGUUUCAGUGCAAUGAGGAUUUGCUUAUUCAGAAACGAAAAAAGCUCAAGAAGUCAUCAAUGGCAAAGCUAUACAAAGGGUUGGCUUCCCAGUGUGCAAAUGCUGGCCAAGAUGCUUCCCCCACUGCAGGCCCUGAGGCUGUCCGAGACGGUGGGAUCCACUCAGAAGAGAUUCUGCAACCCUACCCAUCUGCUCCCAGUUCUGGCCCCACUGUCACACACCUGAUGCCCCCAGUGAAGAAAGGCCAACAGCAGCAAAGCAUGAUGGAGAGCAUGCAGCCCGGGAAGCCCAGUGACUGGGAGAUGGAGGGCAGAAAGCUCGAGAGGCCCGAGAGCCUGCUGGCGCCGGCACAGUUCUGUGCGGCCGAGCAGGACGUGAAGGCGCUCGCCGGGCCCCUGCAGGCCAUCCCCGAGAUGGACUUCGAGCCCUCUCCCGCCGAGCAGCUGGGCAACGUGGAGCGCUCCCUGCGCGCCCCGGCCGAGCUGCUGCCCGACGCCCGCGGCUUCGUGCCGGCGGGCUACGAGGAGUUCGAAUACGGCGGCGAGAUCUUCGCGCUGCCUGCGCCUUACGACGAGGAGCCCUUCCAGGCCCCGGCCCUCUUCGAGAACUGCUCGCCGGCCUCUUCCGAGUCCAGCCUGGACAUCUGUUUCCUGCGGCCCGUCAGCUUCGCCAUGGAGGCCGAGCGGCCCGAGCACGCGCUGCAGCCGCUGCCUAAGAGCGCCACGUCGCCGGCGAGCAGCAGCGGCGCCUACAAGCUGGAGGCAGCGGCGCAGGCGCAGGCGCACGGCAAGACCAAGCCGCUGAGCCGCUCGCUCAAGGAGUUUCCGCGCACGCCGCCCGCCGAGGGCGUGGCCCCGCGCCUCUACAGCACGCGCAGCAGCAGCGGCGGCCGCGCGCCGCUCAAGGCCGAGCGCGCGGAGCGCGCCGCGCAGCCCCACGGCUCGGCCGGCGGCGCUGCCGUACCCCGCGGCGCGCCGCGGACCUUCUUCCCCCAACAGAGGUCCCAAAGCGAAAAACAGACCUAUUUGGAAGUAAGGAGGGAGAUGCAUUUAGAAGACACCACCCGAUUCUGUCCAAAGGAAGAAAGAGAAAGUGAACAAACAUCUUUCAGCGAUCAAAAUCCCAGGCAAGACCAGAAAGGGGGCUUUCGCAGCUCCUUCCGCAAGCUCUUUAAAAAGAAGGGCUUGUUUGGCUGGUGGCCCCACACACCCAGAAUGCUGCUUCGGGAUGAAGCUAGGCAUGGAGCCAGAUGCAGCAGAAAACCUGAGAAAGGGUUCUCUUCCCUCUGAGACUCAUACCCACAAGGAUUCAAAAGGGAAAGUCAAGUUGACAUCAUAAAAAAAAUCUUGAAAAAUGCCCACAAUAACUGGGGACAAGGAUGACCCUCUGAUUGUUUCCAUCUCAGGCAUAUUUGUCCUGGGUAGAUACCAGGUCACAUGUCCCUGAAAGCUGUCCAGAAUUGAUCAAAAUAAAUCUACAUAUCUUAAAGUUUGAAAAUAUUAAGUGACUUUAAACAUUUUAAAAUGAAGAUUCUUAGAAGCCUAAUGUGAAAGGCUGAUGCUGGACUGAACACUUCUUCCCCUGCCUUUAAGCAGGACAGAAGGCAAACUAUCACUUCUAGAAGGAUCUAAUGAAGACUGUCAAAGACUUUAACCUAGCUUAUUGUGAAGGCUGAGGCAAAUGCUACUUCAUCUUUAUAUGUAAAUCUUGCAGUUAGGUAAACAGUAUUCUUGGUUGGGAGUGUGGCAGUGGGAAGAGAAUUAUGUAAGACAGUUCAGGGGUAAGAAAUGUAGAUGGUACUUUAUCUUUUUAUCUUCAAAUGUGGGUGGGAAAAUGGAAUAUAGCAUCCAAAUAAUUAAUUCUAUUUCCUCCCCCAUUCUCUUCCUUUUUAGCACUUUAUAACUUACAUGCUUUAGAGUCAUUACUAUUUUUCUAUCAAUCAUAUCAAAAAUCUAUUUUUCCCUCUUUUUCUUUCUUCCCCCACCCUACCCAGUACUGGGGACCAAAUCUGGGGCCUUGUACAUGCUAAGCAAGUGCUCUAUCACUGAGAUAUAUCCCCAGCCCUCUAUUUUCUUAAUCACACACUGGGAGAGAACUUCUACAGGGUCCUGUAUAACUGAAUAUCAGUGAAUUCUUUUCUUCUGUCAUCUUUUCAACUGUUUUUAUAUAUGCUCAGCUUUAGCUGAGGAACGGAUCAUGUAACAGAAAUCAGGACUGUCAAAGAAUCAAUUUAUCAUUUUAUCUUCACUUUCUUCUCUACCUCCUUAAAGCUCACCACAAUUCCCACACCCAUUGUUACCCACUUCAAGAUUCUUAUAUCUCAUUUCAUCUCCUAUAUAAUUUUAAAAUUGAAGGGGAUGGUUGAAGGGAUAUACAUUUGAUACUACUUAAUCCUGAUAAUAAAUAUUUUUUCAAUAAGUCAUUUGAAAUCCAUUAUUAAAUUAAGGAUCUUAAGUAUACUAGGUUUUGUCCAGUACAAAAGAAGUAAAAGAAAUAGUUCCUGCCCAUUAGGAACUUAAAGUUCAAUAUAAAGGUAAUCUAGCUUCAAGUUAAUAAGUGUUAUUGGCACUUAAUAAGCACUCAAAAAUAUUCAUUACUCUCAUAGUGUCCCAUGCCAGAACAAACUGUGCCCUGAACCAUUUCUGGCCCUCUGUGCCUGUAGGCUGUUGGCACUGAAGAAGGUUGCAUAGUGGGAAAACAACAACAACAACUAACAACGUGAAUGCUCAUUUGAUACAUUCUUGAUUAUCAGGGAUGACUGAUUUGUCCAAGAGGAUAGGUGCUCCCCCACCAGUCCCCCUGCAUUCUUCUCCCUAUACAUGUCUCCUGAAACUUUUAGGAAGGAUAGUCUUUCCAAUCAGAGAAUCAAUCUCUUCUAAAGUCUGAGGUUCUAUGUCAUAGAACCACUCCUCCCCCUUCCCCAAACCAAAUAAGCUUUCCAGAUUUACCUGUAGCAAAUCUAUACUUACUGAUCUACCUGACUUGUGCUUUUCUUUGUCUCUGUAACUUGAAUGGAAGGAAAGUUACCAAUGAGUCUCUUCUGUUUCCUCUUUCUACCAAAUGCUUGAAUUGGUUAUGUGAUGUAUUGGGAGCCAUUUCCCUUCCCUAGCAAGUCUUUGCUCAGAUCUGUUCUGCUGUUAGCCAAGACAGAAGCUCAAAAGCCAUUUCUAUGUUUUACAGAGAAAGAAAAUAAAAGUAGAUAUAUUUGACUCUUUCUCCUAAACUCUGAAGGUCAUUUCCUAGUACUUUAGGUGUACAUUACUUCAGAGUCUAAUAGUGACGCCUUUGGAAGAGUACAGGUGUUCUUAUAGCACAUAUUAAGCAUCUUUAAGAGGGCAGUUAAAAUUAUCUGUAAAAAAGAUGAAAAUGAGUUUCUAGUCAUGGCUAUAUUAGAAUAUCAGAUUUUGAAAAGGAUUAGUAAGUUAGCCUUUAGUUAAUGAAUAGUUAGUUAGUAUAAGAAAUGCAGAGACAUUCAGGUACUAGAGACCCAGGGAAGCUACAAUUUGUGAGAAGAGUAGUUAAAAAAAAAAAAACAA